CGGGCGCUCGGAACAGUAGACGAUCGAGAGAAUCGCAACGCGUGGGUAGACGCGGGCGAGUGCAGUGUGCAGUGCGUGCGGGUCUUGUGUCGCUGAAAGCUCGCGCCGCGAAGCCUCCGACAGCGGCGGCAUCGGGCGAGCGCCCGCUUCGCGUCAGUGCCGGCCCGGCCGUGCCGAAAGCACCACGCUCCGGCAACGAUACGAUCUAACUGUUAACUGCUGGACACUGAUACACACACAGUAUCAACAACUUUUAAUUAUACCCUGCCGGCCGUCUAGUGUACGCGAAUAUAUUUAUUGUGAAAGACUGAGGACGGGGUCAGAUGGAUCGGCGGCGCGCGGCGGGAGCGCUGCUAGCGCUGGCCGCGUGCAUCGCGUGCUCGGCUGCGGCUCCUACAGCAAGUAAUCACACAGCUUUAGAUUUGUAUGAAGGCGCUCCAGAGGGUUGUUACUACAACUUCCAGCACUAUGGCGAAGGAGACCGAAUUAUGACCAACGAACCUUGCCUGAACUGUACCUGUCACAACCGAAUGCUGAUGUGCUACUUGAGGGUUUGUCCUUUCACCAAGGCAAUCGGUCAAGACUGCACCGUCGAAAAGCGCGCGGACCAGUGUUGUCCUAUCGUUACAUGUCCCGAUGUUCCAGUUGACCUACUCACGUCUACAUCAACCACGUCUCCAGCUGAAUAUGGAGCAACUGGACUCGGAAAACUGGACAAAUACGGUUGCAGCAUCAGCGGAAAAUAUUUCCCCGAAGGAUCUAAAGUACCCCCGACACCGAACAAACCUUGCGAACAUUGCUACUGUAUUCGAAAUAUGACGACUUGCGUUAUGCAAGAAUGUACUCUGCAUGUGGAUGGUUGUACGCCUAUUUACCAUAAAGAUGUCUGCUGCCCUGUGCGUUAUUCUUGUGAUCAUCCCGAAGACGAAGUUCCUCUUUUGGACGAUAUGUCAACCACCGUGAGACCAACCCCAGGAUUUUUACUCACAACAACAACUAUGGCACCAGUGACACAGAUGACACAGGAUUGUGUACACGACGAUCAAGUAUUUGCAGAUGGUGCUUUAAUAAAAACUGAAAAAGCAUGCGAACAUUGUUACUGCAUGAAGGGAGAUAUAGUAUGUGUUGUGCAAGAAUGUGGUGCACCAAUGGAAAAUGAAGGCAAAAACUGUACCUCACUGCCUCCUCGUGAAGGUCAAUGUUGUCCAGAUACGUAUAUUUGCGAUGGCGACGAACUACCGUCGGAUCUUCCAACUGAAUCUGCAACAGAUACGAUUGUAGACAAGCCAACAACAUUGUCGCCUCCUAGGAGAACAAAUGACGAAGGUAGUGGAUACAGGAAUGAACCUGACGAAGUAACGUAUACUGAAAUGCCAGUAACCGAAUCCGAAGUGGAAGGAAGUGGUGAUGACCAAGAAACAUCAAAACCACUAGACCCUAAUGACAUGAUACCAGGUCCGGAGGAUGGUGAGCAGUACAUAUAUGUUACAACGAAAGCGCCAACUUAUGAAGAACAUGAACUGACCACAGCAGAAAUUGAUAGAAACGUAACUCCAGCAUCCGGCGAACAAACUGAGCAACCCCACAUUCAUCCUUCAUCGACAAUAACCCCUGUCGGUGAAGAAUCGGACAAACUUACCACUUCCAGUAGUGGAUUAACAGAAGAAGAUGUUUCGGAACCACAUAAAUAUGCUUCGACUACAUCGGCUCCCGAAACCUUCGAAAGCAUUACAACUGAGCUUGGAGAAUCAUUGAAUACAGUUCCUGAUGAAACUGCUGAACCACAGGUCACCAAAGCUCAAGAUUACGCACCAGGUACAACUUCUGCUCCCACUAGUGUAGAAAGCGAAAGCCUAUCGCCCGUGGAAGGUGGAGAUGAUAAACCAAGCACACCAGAAGAAGAGAAAGAUGUUACCGCGACCACACUUUUAGAAUCUACUAAACCAGAAUACAGCACUCCCAGCUCUGGCAUUUCGGAUGACACUGAGAAAGAAAUUUCUACUUCGAUAGACAUUUCAAACGUUACUCCUGAAGUUAUGACUGAAUAUUCUGAAUCAGAUAUAUCAGGAACGACGGUUUCUUCUGGACAAGAAAUCGAAAAAGAAAGCGUGCCUGUGGGAGACAAAGAAUUUAAACCUGAAUUAACUACAAGUAAUCCUUUAGAAGAUGAAAAAUCAACUACAGAAGUAGAUCAUGCACAGAACACUGUCGCUGUCUCUGAAGAAGAAACUCCUUAUCCUCACUUACAUCUACAAACGACGACAAUUGCACCCACCAUAGAAGAAGAAGUUACGACGGUUAGCAUUGAAAAAGAUAUUGUUACUGAUAAAGAUCUAAGUGAAAAUGUUAUCAUACCACACGAAUCUGUAACAACAGCGUCGCCGAAUAUGGAAGAGACAGAACCUGAUAGAGGAAUGAAUACUAUUCCAAGUGAGACAAACGAAGAAAGUAGUUCUGAAUCAUCUUUAGCACAAAGAACUACAACUUCUCUUGAGACUAAAGAAACUGAAGGAACACAUUCUCAAGACUUGGAGAUUAAAUCAACAACUUCAGCGGAAAUAGCAACAUUAUCACCAGAAAGCAUGACUACUAAAGUUGAUCAAUCCACUAUCACUACUGAACCAUCUUUCAGAAAAGAAGACGAUAUUACAGUUUCUACAGAAAAACCGAAAGAAACCGAACAAACGACAGUUAAGUCAGAAUUUGUAGAUGAAGGACUCAUUCCUACUUCGUCACAUGAUGAGAAGACUGAUACUAGUUCUAAGGCACCAUCAAUAGAGGAAGAGUUCACCACUUCCAUACCUGAAUAUGUAACCGAAAUUUCAGACACCACUGGUUUGAAAGAAACGACAGUACCAACUCAAGACUCAAUUGUAACUGUCAAGGAGUCUGAGUCCUCACAUGAACAAGAUGGUGAUUUGCCUUCUAGUACUGAAAAAUUGAUGGAAGUCACUCCAUUCCAUGAAGAAAAUGUAGACAUUCAAGAAGAGCCUAGUCGAAUUCCUGGGGAAGGUGACUGUCUUCUGAACGGUAUAACAUAUAGGAAUAAUUCAGUAGUCCCAAGCACAAACAAUUGUCACACAGGUUGCAGAUGUGCCAGUAGCAUUAUAAAGUGUGACCCAAUUAUAUGCAGCCCACCGCCUGACUAUAUGGAUAACUGCCAAUCUAUAUACGACUCUCCUGAUUCAUGCUGCCCCACUUAUGUGUGUGAUCAUCCAAGAGAAACAGUACCUCCUCAAUCAGAUAACCAGAUGUCGGGAACUGAACCCCCUAUGCCUUCUCCAACUAUUGAAUGUCGCGGUGACCAGUGUGAAAUAAGUCAACCAACAAAACAACCCAUAGAACAGUUCGAUUUGAAGCCUACUUCUAAACCUGAAAUCGAAUGUGGAUCAGAGGGAUGUAGUGAUGGUACCCAUAAACCAGACUCGGGACAUACUUCUGGAGAACAGAGCGAGAAAUGUCCAGGCGGUAAAUGCGAAGUCCAAGGUUGUACAAAUGGUGAAUGUGACCUUCCACAAACUGAGGGCCAAGUGUCUCCUGCUAAGCCUUGCGAAGGUGAACAUUGUGAGAAGAUUGAUGAAGUCAUAUCUGAAUCACCCCAAUUAUGUAAAAAUGAAGAAGACUGCAGACCUUUGGAAAUUCCUGUAGUUUCGGGCGCACCCUGUCAAGGAGAAUCAUGUGAAAAAGUUGAUUCCCAUGCUGUUGCAUCGCCCAGUGAGAAACCAUAUUUAUGUAAAGACAAUGAUGACUGUAAAACUCAGGAUAUUCCUGAUUCUGAUUGUUCUGGAGACGAACCUUGUAGAAGGAAAGAAACAACAACAACUGACGAAAAAAUACCUAGUACUUGCGAAGGUACUGAUUGCGUACAUGAACAGGUAACUACCGUCUUCGAGAGUGUUGAUACUUCAAGUACCGAAUUACCUAAAAUAGAUCAAACGCCUUCCAAAGAAAUCACAGAAAUGCCAGGAUCAGCCGAUGAGGAAAAAGUAACGGAAAUUCCCGAUAGCCCUAUUAACAAGCCCAAAGAUGAAAAGGUUCCUAUGGAAGAAACCGACAACUACACAACUGAAAGUCAAACUGGUGAAGGCAUGACAGUCAGUGAAAAGGAAAAACCAGUCCAUAAGGAUGAUGCUACCGAUAAGCCUUCAACACCCGAAGAUGUCGAAACAGAGUCACCUGCAAUCUCCGACGAAACUGAUAAAAAUAAACCUUCUGAUGAAGCUGAAAUCACAACCAAACCAGCAACGGAAAGUCUUGAUGUAAUUGAACCAGGAACAACUGAGUCUGCCAUUGCACACGAGAAAGAUGAAGAACCUGUUAUAAUGGACAGCGGAACGGAAAAACCUGCCUUGCCUAGUGAUGAUGGUGAAAAGGAACCCGUAAUUAAUGACACGGAUGCCACUCCCGAACCUACUAUGGUAGAACAAGGCACAGAAUCACCUACAGUUGCUACUGAGGUAGAUACAGAUAAAAUUGCCACAGUCGAUGUAGAUUUCACAGAAAAACCUUUUAUCACGGAGUACUACCCAGACGCUAAAGGUGAAACAACUAUCACACCAUCUGUCGUAGAAGAAGAAAGUAGUUCUAAGCCAGCAACUGGAGAAAGAACUACUGAUGCUCCUGCAAUUGUUGACCAAGAAAGCACCAGUGAACCCGUUUUAGUGGUAGACACGGAUAAACCUUCAUUCGUUGAUUCAAAUUACAAAGAAAAGCCUGACAUCAUUGACACAGAUAGUACGAAAAAACCUUCUGAAGCAGAUGAAGGUACGGAUAAACCAAUCACGGAUGAAGAUCAAAAUAAACCUGCAACCGUUAUCACAGAGGAAACUUAUGUAGAAGCUACAGAUAAGCCUGCUUAUAGUCCUGAUGUUACAAAAGAAGAAAGUACUGUUAAACCUUUAUCUACUGAUGAGCAAGAAACUGCAAUAGACUCUGAAAAGGAAAUAACGGAACAACCCACACUCACAACAGAAACAGAUACCAAGAUUCCCGAAGUUGUUGAUAAAGAGAGUGAUAAAGAACCACCUAUUCGUAGCGGCGACGACAAAGAUACUGAUGAAGGGGUAGAAAAACCAACUCCAACUGAAGAUGAAAAAAUGAAACCCGAAGUGGUCGGACAAGAGGAAACUGAGAAACCUAGCACUGUUCAUGAAGGUGGUGAAGAUAAACCAUCACAGGAGAACGAUGGACAAAAAGAAACUACUGAAAUCGGACAGGAUAACACUGAAAAGCCUAUUUUAGUAGAUGUGGUAGAACCAGAAAAACCUCUUGAAGUUGAAGAUGGACACAAAGAGAAACCUGAUGUAGUUUUGAAGGAUAAAACGGAGAGUCCUUAUGGCAAUGAGGAAAAGAGCUCAGAAAUGCCACAAACAUCCGUCGAUGAAGGUACUGAAGAACCAAUUACUGUCGAGAAGGACACAGAGAGGCCUACAUUUGCUGAUAAUGAUGACAAACAAAAGCCUACUUUGGCCCCUGAAGAUGAGAAAGAUACUUCUGGCAUCAUAGAACCUGACAUGAAAGAGAAACCGGCCAUUGAAAAAGAAAGCACAGAACUUCCUGCUACCGUCACAGAAGCAGAAGUAGAAACAGAAACAGAGAAACUUAAUUUACGGGAAGACGAUUUUGAAAAACCUACCACUAUUAACACCUCAAUAAAACCAUCCCUUCCCGACGAAGAAAGUACUUUAAUACCAGAUGUCUUAGAAGAUAAAAAUACUGUUAAGCCUACCAUAUUUGAUGAAGGCACAGAGGAACCUACUAUUUCAAUAAAGGAAGAUACUACAGAAGGUGGAGACAUAGAAAAUGAAACCACAGAGUUACCAUCAACAAGUGAGGAAGUAGAUACCAAGAAACCUAUGAUAAUUGACGAGGACGCUGAAUUAAAACCUGGUACAACAGUGGACAUAAGCACAGAAGAACCUAUUACCGAUGAAAAAACCACUUAUAAACCUUCUAUCACCAAGGAGGAAGACAUGAUUAAACCAACUGUCUCUGAAGGAACUCAACUUGAUAAAGAAAGUAGUGAUAAACCAUAUGUUCCCCAAGAAGAAACCACAGCUACGCCCACAGUCACUAAAGAGGCAGCCACUGACAAGCCUGUUUUAAUUGAUGAAGAAGGAAAUGUUAAACCAGUUGAUGAGGAACAGACUGAACAUCCUGACUUAGUUAAAGAAACGCAAGAUAAACCUAAAGACGAGGAUAAGCCAGCGAUAAUUGAUGAGGAAGUAACGGAUAGACCUGCAGUUAAUGAAGGACAGACUACGGAAAGCAUAUACGGAGAAGAAGGAUCUGGCUCUGAAGCGCCGAUCAUACCUCAGACAUCGGAACCCAACAAAGAGGAGGAGGCGAUUCAUGAAAUUGAAAAAUCAACUAAGACUCCUAGCUAUGAUACACAAACCACUCUAAUUGGAGAUAAGGAGCAUGAACUGUCUACUGAUUCAAAUAUUAUUGGUACUGAAGCUCCCGAGAAGAAAGUAACACAAUAUGAAGAUAAUGAGACUAAUGAGCCAACUGACAAACUGACGAGUUCAGAUCAUUCGCUCGGAAGCGCAACAGAAACACCUCUGUCAGAACAAGAACUUACAACUAAAGCGUUCAACGUACCUGAGCAAGAAAAAGUAACUAUCAAUGAUCAGGGCACUGAAGGUACAACUCAUAAAUAUGAUAUCAUAGACACUAAAGGAGACGAAGCUAGUACAACAAGGAAAGAUUUAAUUGAAGACGAAGUCUCAUCGAGCACUAAAGAUCCACAAUUAUAUGAAACACCCGUAUCUGUAGAAAAAACUACUGAAACUGCACCAAUUAUUGAAGAUGCAAGUGUAGCUACUGAAAUGGCAGGUAUUGAAUCUCCAACUACUUCACCUCCAGAUGAUGUGCAACCGGAAAAGCCUAAACAGCCAUCAACAACUGAAAUGGAAGAGGAAAGUACUACAAAAUUGUAUGACGAAGGAACUGUUAAACCUAUUCCAGAAUCACAUGUUACGGAAACUUCCUCAACUGCUCCUGAGUAUAGCACGUCUGCUGAAGUUACAGAAGUGUCUAAAGUAAAGGAUGAGGAUGAGGAUAAGGAUAAGACGGAACCAGAGUUGCCUGAAGAGCACAGCAUGAAACCAGAGAGGUUUUCAACUCAAUUACCAAUUGAGAGCAUAAAAACAGAUUAUCCUGAGGUACACAGUUCCGAAAAAGACACAACAACAGAUUCACCAUUAAGUUCUGUUACUGAACCUGAGAGAAGAUACACAGAGGUUGAGGACCCAUCAGUCACAGGACCUAAAGAAAUUACAACUGGUUAUCCUGAACACGCAACGGAGCCUCAAGUUUCUUCCGUAACUGAAAAAAUUCAUGAAAGCACAGAUAUUGAUGAAGUAAGCUCAGAAAAACCAUUAUCAACCGAUAGUGAUGGAUCAGAAGAACCUGAAAAGAUUACAGAAUCAGAAAAACCUGCCACAGAGACACCUGAAAUGGGUCACCAUACAUCAGAAAUUGAUAUAAAGAAACCUCUCGAUGAAUUUGAAUCACUAACGACAGAAAUACCUACAGCCAUAGUUACGGAAACUCAAGACAUAUCCAAUAUCUCCCCCGAAAAGGACGUUACUAUUUCCGAAGAAAAGACUACAGUAACGACAGACAUAUCCGAUCACACAGAGAAAGAAACAAUCCCAGUAGAAGAAUACACAGAAAAACAGGAAUCAAGCUCUGAAGUACCUCAUCGCCAUACUACAGAAGCUCAAGAAAUAGAAUCCUAUACAACCGAGUCAUCCGAAACUAGUGCUCCGGAAACCAGCACACAAUCAGAAAAACAUGUAACUACAGAGACCUUAGCUAAAGCAACAGAUGUUCCAAAUGUAUCUGAAAAAGAAGAGGUGACUGUAACAGAAGAGCCAGAAGUCAUAAAUACUGAACCACAAGAUUUAGACAAAAAGGAACAAGUAAUUACAGAAAAACAAGAACAACCAACUGAAUUACCAACGCCAAUAGAAGAUGAACGAACUGAGGCCUCCGAUGGUAAAGUAACAACCGAUGUUCCACUAUCACUUGUAACUGAACACAAAGAUAGCCUUGGGGAACCAACGACAGAAUCAAACCUACCAAAAGAGCAGUCUUCUAAACAACCAGAUUUAUUAACGACACAAUCUGAAGAAUUACAUAAGGAACCAGAACAUUAUGAUGGUCAGAAAGAAAUCAAAACCGAAAGGCCCGUUGAAGUAACAGAAUCUGUAGAAGUGACUACAAAAAUACAAGAGGACCGAAUAACUGAAGUGUCUCAAGAAGCCCUUCCUGAAGCUCAAGAUACUAAAACAACAUUGCGAGAAUCCCAUCCUGUUACAGAAGGAAUAACUAAAAUUGAAGGCACUAAACCUACAGAACCGACAUUCGCUCAGACUGGAUUCUCGGAGACAACACCAUAUUUGAUUGAAUUAGAAGAGCACACUCAUAAAAUCCAAGAAGAAAUCACAACAGUUUCACAAACAGAAGACCAUACGGACAAGCCAGUAGAAGAAAGUUCAUCAUCGUCACCUAGUGAAGAAGAUAUUCCAACAUCACCGUCACCCUCAGAAGACGAUACUCCUGAGGUUGAAAAGCAACCUUCAACUGUGCUACCUUUGGAAGAAAAAUACACCACUGUAGCAGAUGUAGUAACUGAACAAGAUCUUAUAACGCGAAUUUCUGACGAAGGAUUCGAAACCGCGACCAAACCCGCUGACACUACUACUAAGGCGAGUGAAGAAGUUUCUCCUGUAGACAUCUCUGAAAAGGUUCCGGAUUCAAUACCUGUGAAAGAGACUACUCUAGGUGAAACCGACAAUGAAAGCCAUACUACGGCAGUAGAGACAGAAUCUACAUCUGCACCUGUUCAAGUAAGUGAAGAAUCCACACCAACUGCUGUCACGGAGUCUAGCAAAGAACCGGUUUCUGAAUCAGACAUUGCUGUAGCAACUGAAAAGGAAAUUAUUUCCACCGAAAAACCAGAGCAUCCAAUUGUGUCACACGAAACAACUACCUCAGAAGAAGAAUUUAUAUUCUCUACAAGUAAAGCAACAACUGAACGACAAGAAGAAGAUGUUAUUACUCCUGCGUCCGUUGACAAGUUCGAGAAACCCUCAGAAAAACCCAGUCAGGCCACUGACAUUCCUCCUUCAAGUACCACCACUGAAAUUUCGAAACCAAGUGCUGCAGAUUUGCAACCUACCGAUGAGAUACCAGUGCCAGACGAGUUCCCACCUAGUGGAACAAGCGGCUAUGGUGAGCCUGACUAUGUUGAAGAAGAUCAAGCAUUUGGACCAGGAACUUGCCGGUACGGAGGAAAAGUUUAUGUUUCCGCUCAACAGAUCCCGAGGGAUGAUCCAUGUGACUUCUGCUUCUGCUUCAGAAGUGACAUUAUCUGUUUACAACAGAGUUGCCCCCCUCCAAUUCAUGGGUGUCACGAAGAACCCAUUCAAGGCUUCUGCUGUCCGCGAUAUGAGUGUCCAGUAUCCAUGGCAACCACAGUGAAUGUUACAACAACUACCACAACUACAACGACGACGCUGCCCCCACACUUCCCGACACACUCGUACAAAGGUGCGGCACAUAGGAGAGGUUGUCAAAUAAAAGGACAUACAUACAAAGUAGGAGAAGUAGUACGCUCGUCGUCAGGACCAUGUUUACAUUGCACAUGUGGAGGAGACGGUCAGAUGAAAUGCGAUCCCAAGGCGUGCACUCCGGAGCCAAUGUUAAGACAAAUGAUAGCAGCUGCUGUGUCCGCCAAGAGGCGAAGGUGAAGACUUACGAGAGAUACCCAAAUGUCUCGUACACGCCAUCACAAGGAUGAAGCGCCUAUGUGAUAAUUAAUUCCAUCUACUCUUCUUUGCACAAGAAUAAUGCUCAACUCAAAUUAUCCCCAUGGAGUAGUUUAAGAUUUCGUGUCAUAUGUAGUAAUCUAUGUUAUUGAUUUUUUUACUUUUCAUAAAUGUCGUGGCACGCGCAAUUCAAUCUAUUAAGGAAACAACUUUUCAUGACUGUGAUUAAAAUAUUAAAUUUUUAUGUUAAUUUCUGAAACAAAAUUUUUUACGAAUAUUUAGUCUUCAAUUUAGGGCUAAUUUAUUAUAUUAUUUAUCUUUUGUAACAAAAAUCAGUGCCAAACGAUAGUGCUAAGUUGUAAACGACUAGGCCUCGAUGAUAAAAAGUUCAAAAAUAUCAAAUGUCACACAUAAAUUAAAAUUCGUAUUGACCAAAGCGAAGCUAAUAUUCUCUUAAACAAAGUUCGACCAAGAUCAAGCUUCAAGGGUCAUUCAGAUCGCCGAAAUCUUGACCAUUUUAAAUGUAAACUUAAUUGUUUUACCGAUGUAAGCUUAGUCAAUUUCUUUAUUUUUACACGAUGCAACUGAAUGCGAUCUAAACGUAUCGUGUAAAUAUAGAGUAAUCUUAAGGAUCCCUGAUGUUGUAAAUGCCUUACUUAAUUUGUAAUAAUUUAUAUAUUUUAGGUGUAUAGUACUUAAGCCAUGUUUUGAGACCAGUGACUAUUAUAAUUUUAGAAGUAAAAGGCCGUUUACUAUAAAUGCGAAAAGCGUCGGUCGACGAGUUAUCCUUGGCCGAUGCUUUUCCUGAUUUCACGUCUUACAGAAAGUGACUGUCCUUGUUUUCUUUAAUUCGUGGAAGACGCGUGAUUUUUACUAGCACUUACUCAGUGAUAGUGGCCAAUAUUUUAAUCGUUUUGUAAAAUAACUUUACAAUAUGACGACAAGAAAAACAUAUUGUAGGAUCUUUUAUAACUUUUGAUAUUAAAGUGCUGGUAGGUUUAUAAAUAAAGCAGAUCGAGAUGGGUACGAAAGUUUAGUGGACUGUUGCGACCAUUUCAGUGCCCGGGUGGUGCUGAACAUGUUAGAUCGCAUUAAUUCGUACCAACCUUUAUCUGUGCGCAAGUUGUAGUUAUAUUUCUUCUUAUUUAUUUAAAGUCGUAGCAAUAGAAGUAUUGGUCUUAAAGUUUAUUGUGAAUUGAAUAUUUCACCGAUUUAAAAAAGAAAUACAUUCAAUCACAAAAAUUAUAUCAUUAAAAUCAUAUUUUAUUUGUUUAUGAGGUUUUACCGAGACUAGCGACGAUCUAGCUGUCUGUACAACUGUGCGAAUGAGUUUUGAAUAAAAUAUUUCAAAUGAAAA